GUGACACAAUGCAUAUUUUAUUAGAACUAUGUGGAGUUUUCUUCAAAGUGUUUAUUCUGUAUAUUAAAGCACUAUAUUUUAUUUUAUUCCCACCAAGUCCCAAAGAUAUCCUUGGAGAAAUUGUUCUCAUUACCGGAGCGGGACAUGGGAUCGGCAAAGAGCUAGCACUUGAAUUCUCCCGACGUGGAACCACAGUUGUUCUGUGGGACAUUAAUAAGGAGAAUAAUGACAACACUGCAAAAGAAGUUCAGAGUCUUGGAGGAGUUGCCUACCCGUAUACCUGUGACAUCAGUAAUACAGCAGAGAUCCACAAGGUUGCAGAGCAAGUCAGGCAAGAUGUAGGGGAGAUAACUAUUCUGGUAAACAAUGCAGGAUGUUUGAAUGGAGGAGCGGUGCUCGACCUACAAGAGAAGGAUAUUCGCCGGACGUUUGAUGUCAACAUACUGGCACACUUUUGGGGUCUAUAUUCAGAUGGAUCAACAUUUUCAUGGAGAGACAGAUUUGCCCCCUUAAAACUGGACUUUUCACAUGGUAACACUGUAAAGGAGUUUCUGCCGUCGAUGAUAAAAACCAAUCAUGGUUACAUACUCAACAUCGCAUCAUUAUCAGCCAAGUCGGGCACAGCUUUUCUCGGGGACUACAGCUCCUCUAAGUCCGCAGUGUUCGGGUUCACAGAGUCCUUGAGAGAAGAGCUGGACAGACUUGGAAACACAGGAAUACAAGCCACAGUUGUUUGCCCCUUGUUUGUGGACACAGGUCUUGCGAAAUUUCCAAAACAAAGAUUUUUUAAUCUCCUGACCCCAAAGGAGACAGCAUGGAAUGCAGUUGACGGGAUGUUGAGGGGAGAGACAGUGGUUUUCGUACCCAGAUAUAUGUGGUUGAUGAUCAAACUGGAAGGACUGUUGCCACAGAAAGCUAUUCCAAUGCUGAAGAAGUUUCAAGAACUUGGAAUAGAUCCACAGUACAAACCAGUGGAGAAGAAAACGGAAUAGAUUUGAAGAAUGUUAAAAUCUAUGAGCUGAAUUUACAAAGCGUGUAACUACAUACAUUUACAAUGCUUAAACUCCGGUUUAUAUGAUACACGCGUGUAACUACAUCCAUUUACAAUGCUUAAACUCCUGUUUAUAUGAUACACGAGUGUUACUAGAUAUAUUUACAAUGCUUAAACUCCUGUUUAUAUGAUACACGCGUGUAACUACCCGGUACAUGCAUUUACAAUGCUUAAACUCCUGUUGAUAUGAUACACGCGUGUUACUAGAUAUAUUUACAAUGCUUAAACUCCUGUUUAUAUGAUACAUGCGUGUAACUACAUGCAUUUACAAUGCUUAAACACCUGUCUUACACGCGUGUAACUACACACAUUUACAAUGCUUAAACACCUGCUUCUAAGAAAAACAGGUUUUGUAAAUUCAGCCCUGUAGGUUUAAAUGUGUUCCAUUUGACAUAUUAAUUGAGUACAAGUUUGAUGAUCAAGGACCCACCAAGUAUAGUGCAGAGUUACUUCUCUUUGUGUUCAGUGGUCCUCUGUGUACUAAUGAUACACUAGAACAUUAAAUACUAUUGAAAAUAUUUAAACAUUUAAAUUAGUUUUAUAACAAAAGUUAUUUCAUUGUUUUAAUAUUGAAAACACCCCACCUAAAAACCCCAUUUAAAAACCCCACCUAGGUCACCCAGAAUGCAAUAUUUCAUAUGAACUGUUAUUCUGUAUGUGUGUGGUUACACAAAUUCACCUUCAUGUGAACCACCAAACAAUCAAAUAGUGCACCAUUAUGUUUUGAAAUAAAUAUUGCUAACUAUUCCAUAAGUUUAUAGACUGAUUUUUGGACAACAUCAAUGACCAGCGUAUCAGCAGUCUAUUAGAAAAUUUGUAAAAUCUGUUUGUUUAAAAUGCAUUUGGAAUGCACAUUUUAUAUUUGCAUGCUACACAAUGUGGGUCGGUCUCAAUUGAUUAGGAAAGGAAAGAAAGAAAUGUUUUAUUUAAUGAGGCACUCAACACAUUUUAUUUAUGGUUAUAUGGCAUCGAACAUAUGGUUAAGAACCACACAGAUAAUGAGAGAGGAAACCCG